ACAACAAGUUAUUUUCUUAUAUACUCAUCUCUCUCCCUCUCUAUCUAUAAGAAGAACAUCAAAACCUCCGUGUUUCUCUUCCUUUUGCCUCCAGAAGAAAACCCAAGUUUUCUCUCUCAAAGACGAGAAGAAGAAGAGAAGCUAUUUUGUUUUCUUGUUUUUCAUUCUCGAUUACAGAGAAAUGGAGAACAGAAGAGAAGGAGAAGAAAAAAGGGAAUUGGUUUUUCCAAUUCACAGCCAAGUGAGGAAGAUCAAGCAAGAAGAUGAGAAGAUCAAGGACCCUGAGCCAUCUCCACCGCAGCAGCCCGAUACCAGACGGGCAGUCCUCAGAGAGAUCACGAGGCAGCUAUCGCGAUCGCCACUCGGGCGAGUAAUCUCAGUAUGUGAGAUGUAGAUUUUGACGAAGAUGAUGACGAUGAGUAUGAAAUAUAAGUGGGGCUUUUGUAUAUAGAUUCACACCAUCCCCUUUUGUUUCGAAUAUGGGAGAUUGGAUUUUAGAAUUUUAGACUUCUC